AUGAUGAUAACCAGAGCCAGAUCCUCCAUUAAGAACUCACAAAAGUCCCCCCUCUCAACCGCUACGUCUGGAUCUCACGUCAAUGACAAGGAUGAUUCAAACAAAGAAAACGCCCAGGAAUUGGCAAAAGUAGCCUCUUCGCCGCCGGUAACCAGAAAGCGGAGAUUGUUUGCAAAGCUAUCUUUAGACGGCGUCAACAAUUUGCAAAAUUCUCAACAAUUAGAAUCACUGGCCAUCGCAACAUGUUUCACCAAAAGAGUCUUGUCAAGCGGAGAUCAAAGUCCCCGAUUAAACAGCGGCGGACAUCAUUCGCUUGAUAAUGACCACUAUAUUGACAUUUUCGACUGGUUCAACGUGAUUAGAUCUUGCUUUCAUAGGUCUUUUAUUCCGUCUUCUUCAUCGAUUUUAUCGUCAAGGAGCACGGAAUUAGAUUUUUUCGAACUCUUUUGGUCAAGAAACAUCACCAAGCAUGACUCUGAGCAACAGCCAAGAAAUGCUUGUUUAUUUGUGACUGGGCCACCUGGAUGUGGAAAGUCUGCGUUUGUUCACGAUUUUAUUUCACGAAAAUCAGUGCUCAGAAGCAUUUUCACUUGCGGACACCCACUCACAUACGACCAGCUUGUAAAUGUGGUUUCUACAAGGAUUUCCGAUGCCGUUUGCAAUAACAAAAACCUUACAAUCCAUGCUCACAAAAAGCACUUGGGAUUUCACCCACUAGCAUUGGAGCUGUGCAGCCGGAAAUUUUCAACCACCGGAGAUAUUAGAAAAGUUUUUGACAUCUUCAGCUUGGCCGUGGACAUUGCAGAAAGAGAAUAUGUCGCAUCCGGCGAUGCACUUUCUCAUUUGGUCUCGUAUUCCCACAUUCAGCAGGUCACAACACCAACUUUUGGGAAAAUAACAACCGCUCAGUUUAUUGAGCUUCCUCUUCAGCAUCAAGUUAUUCUAUUGGCCGUUUUGCUAUUGGAGAGUGAAGAGCUAACUUUGACUUUCCAGGCAAUUUAUGCCAAAUAUCAGUGGAUAUGCUUGAACAAGUCCCUCCAAAUCCCAUCUUUGGAUUAUUUGGAAUUCUGCCAAGUGGUCCAGCUCCUUGAAGGAAAAGGCCUGCUAAAACACUGUCAGAGCCACCCAAACAACUCUUCAUCUGUUACGGAGUUCACAAACUUUUCUGAAGAAGAAACCAAUGGGAUACUCGAUAUCCCUACAUCAGCAGUAACCACACUGAACUCAAACGAGGCUUAUCUUCAUGAAAGUUCGGUCUCUUUAGUGGCGCCUGACCAUCAGUUUGGCGCCAUUCCCCAAAUGAUGUCUCCCUCUGUAAGUAGUGUUAUGGGAACUCUGGGAACAGUACAGGGAAGAUUACAACAGAAACCAGUAUCGUCAACCUCCACCCCAUCAAUGUCAUCCUCUCCACAUUCACCCCACAAAACCCUUACUCUCUGUGAAAGAGUCGAGUUGAUAAAGCUGGCUUCUAAUCCAGAUGUUAAGGUUCCUGAUCUUGUUAGAAUGUUCAACGUCUCGCAUACCACUGUGUAUAAUAUUUUAAGGAAAAAAGAUGAAGUCCUCCAACUCUGGUCUACUCAUGGUCCUGACUACAAGAUAAGACAACGCCGUAGCAAAGAUGGAAUUUGCUCCGGUACUUUGGUCAACGACAUGGGAUCAAUUAUUAAGAAAUCGAAACUUUCUCCAGUGACUUCAUCUUCCGGCGUGUCGGACGAGCAUCACUAUCUUACAGGGGCAUAUAAUAUGGAUGAGUCUGACUUGACAAAUUUUCAAACAACCCCCUUUCACAUUACUACAGUUGUUGAUGCUAUUAGAUCUAUUGGCGACAUUGAGUGCUUUUUCAGGGAUCGAGGGAUGGAUGAACUUGCAGGCUUAUCGAGAACACUUUAUGAAAAGGCAUCACAGAUCAUGGAACCAAAAGAAGAUCAGGUGGAAUAA